CGCAAAAAUGAGAACGUUGCAUUCGGUGGGGCCGCCUUUGAUCCGACUACCUUCAACCCGCCGUCCCGGUCGCAAUAUUCGUACCACUUUACUGUUUUUUUUCUCGUCCUCGAACGGCCCAAACAAGUAAACCCGAAGACUUGCGGGCUGAUCGAAUUUGCUAUAGGGCUUGCGGGGUGAAUGUCGGAUCAGGUUGCGUGAUUCAGUUUGAAUUCCUUCAGAUGAGCCUCCCUUUCAGAGACUAGAUUGUCAAGUGUACUCUGUAUGGGAACAUCUUCAGGAUCUUGUUUCAAUAACCAAUCCUCAAUGCUGCCUCCUCGUCAACAGCCAAGGCCUGGAGGAGGGGGACUUCAAACCUCUCUUUCAUUAAUUUCCCCAGAUGCUAGCAGGUCUGCGAAUCUUCUUGAGCUUGGCGCUGAUCAGGCCCGUGAAGCCCCAUCGGAAAGUGCCAGUUCACGAGAAACCUGGCCCACUGCAGAUGCCUUGGUAGCAAAAAAAAUAGAGAAGGAUAAAGAAGCUGAGGAUGGUAUUGCUGAGCACUCUGUUAUUCGGAAUAUUUCCAGAUCAGACAAUUUGUCUCUGCAAGAUAUAGCCAGAGAAAGAGUGGAUGUUAUAGCCGAAACAAUGCAAAAUCUCCCAGAUGAGUAUUUGAACAAGUUUAAACAUGAGCUUCGGGCCUUACUUGAGGGGUUAGGUGGUUCUCACCAAAGAGAAGAGUUCCUUUCUCUGCAAAAGAUGGUCCAAAGUAGGGUUGAUUUGUCGGAGAAAACACUGACUGUAGCACACAGAAUCCAGCUCGAGAUUCUAGUGGCUAUGAAAACUGGAAUUCAGGCAUUUUUACUUCCAAAUGUCAGCCUCUCUCAAGCUUCCCUUAUUGAUAUUUUCUUAUACAAGAGAUGUAAAAACCUAGCAUGUGAGAGUGUUUUACCUGCAGACGACUGUUCCUGUGAGUUGUGCUCAAAGAAAAAUGGUUUCUGCAGUCAUUGCAUGUGUGUGAUUUGCACUAAAUUUGAUUUUGAGGUCAACACAUGCCGUUGGAUUGGAUGUGAUUUGUGUUCUCACUGGACUCACACCGACUGUGCUAUUAGAAAAGGGCAGGUUGGCAUGGCUCCUUGGGCUAAAAAUGGGGUAUACUCGGCCGAGAUGAUUUUUAUGUGCCGUGCUUGCUGUAGGACAUCUGAGUUGUUAGGGUGGGUAAAAGAUGUUUUCCAGCAUUGUGCUCCGUCCUGGGAUAGGGAUGCUUCAAUUAGAGAACUUGACUAUGUAAGAAGAAUUUUCUGCCGGAGUGAGGAUCCUAGGGGCAAGGAACUUUUGCGAAAAAGUGAAGAGCUUAUUGAAAAAUUGAAAAGUGGGGUAUCAGAACCUAUUCCUUGUAAAGCUAUCUUAACAUUCUUUCAGGAGCUUGAGCGUGAUUCCUCAAAACAACGAGAAACUACAGAAGGUGGGAGGAUGAUAUCCCCACAAGAAGCGUUUAACAAUAUAGCUGAUGUAGUACAGGAAGCUGUGAAAAAGAUGGAAGCCGUUGCAGAUGAGAAGAUGAGGAUGGUCAAAAAGGCCCGCCUAGCUGUAGAGUCAUGUGAGCAAGAGCUGAAGGAUAAGGCUAGGGAAGUUGCCGAUCUUAAGAUGGAAAGGCAGAAAAAGAAGAUACAAAUUGAUGAACUUGAAAGCAUUGUGAGGCUUAAACAGGCUGAGGCUGAUAUGUUUGAACUCAAGGCCAAUGAGGCCCUGCGGGAAGCUGAGAGGCUCCAGAGAAUUGCACUUGCCAAGACUGAGAAAGAAGACGACUAUGAAAGUAGAUAUCUCAAGCAGCGGCUGCAAGAGGCUGAAACUGAGAAGCAAUAUUUGUUCGAGACGAUAAAACUUCAGGAAAGUUCGAGGACAUCACAUCAAAAUGCAGGAGGGAGUGACCAUUUGCAGAUGUAUAAUAAAAUCCAGGACCUACUCAAGAACAUGUGCAACACAUCUUCAAAGGCAGAGGCUCAAUCAACUGAUCUUCAUUCUCUGGGUGGAUUUCCUUAAUUCUGUACGUAAAAUGUUUAAAUCUUUUAACUUGAUAUGACACUGUAACUUUAACUGUGUGUUGUCUCUAUCCAAUCUGCUUGUUCUCCUCCUUUCUUAAAGAUUAGGAAACAAGUUGAUCAACUUGUGUGGAUGCAAAUGUAGCUCUAUCUUUUAUUGCCAUUCUAUGUUUCCUGAU